AUGGCAGACCCAGACCCGUCAUCGAUACCCGCCACCAAGCACGAUGCCACCGACAGCGAGGGCGGUUAUUUUACCGGCCUCGACGGCGCCCCCGACUCCCUCAACGACCAAGCCAUCACAGACACGCCGACUCUGGGUCCCACAACCCCGACCUCCAGCAGCCCGAAGCUUUCAAGGAACCCGUCCUUCUCGAAUAGCAGCUCAUAUCAGGAGGACUGGGAGGCUUUUCCACCCUUGGAUCGCCUAAGUGUUCUGGACAUCCUCGACAAUUUUGCUCUGCCGCAUCAACUUGAGAAGUUGCAAAGAGGGCUGUCAGCUCAGACUGAGAAGGUGCGCAAGUCGCGCGAUGCCCUCAAGAACAGGAGUCAGGUAGCGCGGGAGCGCAUGGUCGAAGAAUGGAGGAGGCGCGUCCCUCCUGCGGAAGAGCAGCUUGACCGCUACAAGAAGCGCAUGCGGACGAGCGUAGACAAGCUUGGCAAGCAGUGGAACGACACAAAGGUCAUCACGCUGCGUGAGAAGGUUUCGUUCAUUUGCGGUGUCCUGAAUAUCUUCAUCAGCGGCUACUUGAUCGGGGCCUACCCGGGAUACAUGCAUCUGUGGUACUCCGCCCAGACAAUGUACUUCAUGCCGAUCCGCUACUACACCUAUCACAAGCGAGGAUAUCACUAUUUCCUGGCCGACCUCUGCUACUUUGUUAACCUGCUUCUGAUGUUAAGCGUGUGGGCUUUCCCGGGCUCAAAACGACUCUUCGUCGCAACGUACUGCCUGGCUUUCGGAAACAACGCAGUGGCAAUCAUAAUGUGGAGGAACUCGCUCGUCUUCCACAGCUUCGACAAGGUCACCUCGCUCUUCAUACAUAUCAUGCCAUGCGCCACUCUGCACUGCAUGGUCCAUCUCUGUUCCCCGGAACUACAGCUCCAGCGGUUUCCCGCUGUCUACACAGUCAAGCACUCCCCGCCCGGCUCCCCGACGGCUUACGCGAACGUUAUUUCCAUGCUUGCCUGGAGCACUAUUCCGUACGCCAUAUGGCAGCUGGCCUACUACUUCCUGAUCACUGUUCGACGCCGAGAGAAGAUCCUGGCUGGGCGCCCCACAUCCUUCACCUGGCUACGCAAAUCCUAUUCCAAGGCCUGGAUCGGAAGGAUUGUCCUCUCACUCCCCGAAAGCCUUCAAGAGAUGGCAUUCAUGCUGAUUCAAUACUCGUACGCCGUGUUGACUAUGAUUCCCUGCCCGAUCUGGUUCUAUAGCCGAUGGGCUUCGGCAGGCUUCCUGAUGGUGGUUUUCAUAUGGAGCGUCUACAACGGCGCGACGUACUACAUUGACGUGUUCGGCAAGCGAUUUCAGAAGGAGUUAGAGUCACUAAAGGCGGAGGUCGCAAGGUUACAUGUCGGUCCGGAUGGCUAUACCAGUCCACUAAUGACGCCGCAAGCGGACGGGGCGGGAGUUUCAGGAGAUUCGACCCACAAGGAAGCGAAUGAGAACAUCCACGCCGAGGCGGUGGGCAACAUCGACAGCAUCCCGCUUCUUAACGAGGAGCGCGAAGUGAAGCGAGCCAGUGCCAGUGGGGUGGAAAUCGACGGAGGAGCCAAGGACGUGGCAAGGGAGAGGAAGGCUGGGGAGGCAAGCUCAUGA